AAAAAAUGCAUAUAAUUUUUACAUUAGUUGUUUACAAUACUUUAUUGAAGUCAAUAUGUUUUAUUCUUUUUUAACCAUUUCUAACCAAAAUGACAAAGGUAAGCUUGAAAUAUCGACUACCAACAUAACCAAAGUGUCAAAAUAAAAAUCCUGUCAAUUUGACAUUUACCAAGAAAUUACCAGUCCCAAAUCUUGAUUUGCCCUGUGAAAAGAACUCCAAAACAUGUAGAUAGAAAUUUCAGCCAAAUUGUUUUGUAUACCUCCAUAACUCGUCAAGGGUAAUAUUAUUAUUAAUAAUAAUUCACUUAUCUAUUGUUAUGACUAAAAAGUAACAAUGUUAAGUUUAAAACACAAAUGUCCUAAAAUAGGUGACGUGUGUUUGACAGGAGGGAAAAUGUUCCCCAUCCUAAUAAGCGAUAAAGAAAAGAAAUCGGAGAUGAAGUUGCCAACCACCGAUUCAUUGUCUUCACAAGGAAAUCAAGACGAUUUUACAACUCCUACUAAACCCUGCCACAGCUUGCAAUCCCCCAGGGUUGCCAGAUCUCUUCCCCGUCCUUGCAGCCCUGUAAAACCGUCGAGCCCCAAGAAGACGAAAAACAGACGGGACUCAAUGUUCGACUACAAAUCAGACGCAGCCCGGAAAGUCGAACUCAUCGCAAAAUCUAGAGACGAACGCCGGCUAAAGCAGGCCGAAGAGAAAACCAUGCGGGAACAAAUGAUGCAGGCGAUGGAGCACGCCACCCCGUACUGGGAGUUUGCGCACAUGAUCUCCGAGUUCAAGCAAGGAGUGGAGUUCAAGCCCCUGAGAGACACCGAUCCUGUGGUGGAGAACCAAAUCACAGUAUGCGUCAGAAAGAGACCACUGAACGACCGAGAAUCCCGCCGCAAAGAAGUCGAUGUCGUGAGCGUGCCAACGAAGAACCAACUGAUUGUCCACGAGCCCAAACACAAGGUGGAUUUGACCAAAUACCUGGAGAACCAGCAUUUCCGGUUCGACUACGUUUUCGAUGACAGUUGCACGAACGAUAUCGUUUACAAGUUUACUGCCAAGCCUUUGGUGAAGACGAUUUUCGAUGGCGGGAUGGCCACUUGUUUUGCUUACGGUCAGACUGGCUCCGGGAAAACCCACACCAUGGGAGGGGAGUUCAAAGGCAAAAUUCAGAACUUUAAGAACGGUAUCUACGGCCUUGUGGCGGUGGAUGUUUUUAAACAAAUCGCAAAUCCGAAAUAUGCCAAAAUGAACUACAUAGUAUCAGCGAGCUUCUUUGAAAUCUACGGAAAACUUGUUUUUGAUCUUCUAUCGAAAAAACAGCGCCUUCGUGUACUGGAGGAUGGUAAACAACAAGUCCAAGUAGUAGGUUUAACUGAGAAAAUCGUUUCUAAAGUUGAAGACGUGUUGGAUAUAAUACAGAAGGGAAGUUUGGAGAGGACUUCAGGGCAAACAUCCAAAAACUCGAACUCUUCCAGAUCACACGCGGUCUUCCAGAUCAUACUGAGGAAAGCUGGCUCUAGAGUUGUCGAAGGCAAAUUCUCUCUGAUAGAUUUGGCUGGCAAUGAACGCGGUGCAGACACGUCCAAGUCCAAUAGGCAAACUCGUAUUGAAGGGGCAGACAUCAAUAAGUCUUUGUUAGCUCUGAAAGAGUGUAUUCGUGCUUUGGGCCGUAAGGGGGCCCAUCUACCUUUCAGAGGUAGCAAGCUGACGCAGGUGCUGCGCGAUAGCUUCAUCGGGGAAAAAUCUCGUACGUGUAUGAUAGCCUUAAUUUCCCCUGGUAAUACUUCUGUCGAUCAUUCGCUGAACACCCUACGGUAUGCUGAUAGAGUUAAAGAGUUGGUCGCGAAUGAUUCUCUGGACGAUUCCCAGGAAAGUUUGGCGAUUCUCGACGAAGACAACGAUGAUGACGAUGACGACUUCAAGCAGGACGAUUCGAUGGAUUUAUCGUCGAACGAGUACGAAGUGCUGGAAAGCAAUCGCCACGUUAUCGAAUCCUGCGUUUAUUUCCACAAAAUGGCGUGCGAAUUGUACAAUAACAGCCAAAAGGAAGGCUUCGAAAGGAAGCAGUACGCGACAUCUUGGAGGAAUUUGCUGAGCGAAAUGGUGGACAUUCAAAAUGGCGCAUUGAUUAAGGCGCAGGAGUUUUGCCAGCUGUUGCAGGACAACUUGUGAAUUUUCUACUUAAAAAAAAUGUUUUUUGUUAAGCGAGAUAGACUUUUUUAUUUAUAGUAUUUAUAUUUUUUAUUAAAGAAAUAUUAAAC